AUGGUUUUUUUCGAAUGCUUUGUGAAGCCCAUCACAAAAGAUAUUGCAACAUUGAAUGUUGUUAUACAUUUCCUUAAAACAGUUCCAGAAGUUAUGUUUGGGUAUGAUGUAACUUUAAAAGCAGGAAAAAGAGGAUUUCGUUCUCUUAUAAAUGGUAAAGAUAUUGACAUGUGCAAGUAUCUCGAUGGAUCGAAGAAGAGCAUUGCACUUAAUUAUGGUCUAAAUUUGGUUCGAAGACAUUUUCCUGAUGGAGCUUUGCAUCCAUGUCCAUAUAAAGAGGGCACGAUAGAAUUAAAAAAUAUUUUGUCAGGUGCAGGAGAAUCAAAGAUGACAAAAUUUCCGGAAGCAACGUACAUGAUUAAAUUGAAAUAUUACAAUAAGGAAGAUGACAACAUAGCGUCACUCAAUGUAACAUGUACAACAAAGGAUGUCUAA